AUGUCGGUCGAUGAGAAUAAAUAUACUUUCGAGCUUUGCAAACGUAGAGGGAUUAAGGCCAAGCUGCAUCCCAUCGUUACUGACUUCAAGCUGUUGAGGGCCAUGACAGUAAAGAAAAAUACCGAAGCACGAAGUAAAGCAACGAGGCAAAAGGCCAGAGAAGUUCCCUUGAAAAGUUUGGGGAAACGAACUUCUGACGAGAUUACGGGAGGAAGUGCGGAGAAUGCCACCAAGUAA